UACUGGUCUCUUUGGCUCCCAAAAUUACAGUCAGUCCAGGGAGUGGUUUGUGUCAACUACUCAGAGAAAAACGAGACAACUGGUAAAAAAAACCCGAGCCUGCUGGGAGAGGGGCCUUGGUGCGCGGAGCAAUUUGCAGACGCUCCCUUCCGGCGGAGAUUGCCCCCGCCGUCCUUCAGACCUAACCCUGCGGCAGGUCCAGCCCCGGCGGACCUUAGUGCUAGUGAAGGUGAAGGCGGUAGCAGAAGCAGUGCCAGCUGCAGUGGCCCGGGCCGCGGCGGGAGCGUCAUGUCAGAGCUGCGGCCGCGUGGCACCGAGCGCGACCUCUACCGGGACACGUGGGUGCGAUACCUGGGCUAUGCCAACGAGGUGGGGGAAGCUUUCCGCUCCCUGGUCCCAGCGGCUGUGGUGUGGCUGAGCUACGGCGUGUCCAGCUCCUAUGUGCUGGCUGAUGCCAUUGACAAAGGCAAGAAGGCAGGAGAGGUGCCAAGCACCGAAGCCAGCCGCAGCACCAGGAUGACCAUAGCCGUGGUGGAUACCUUCGUGUGGCAGGCUCUGGCCUCUGUGGCCAUUCCAGGCUUCACUAUCAACCGUAUAUGUGCCACUUCUCUCUAUGUCCUGGGCACUGCCACCCGCUGGCCCCUGGCUGUCCGCAAGUGGACCACCACUGCACUUGGGCUUCUGGCCAUUCCCAUCAUCAUCCACCCCAUUGACAGGUCAGUGGACUUCCUCCUGGACUCCAGCCUGCGCAAGCUCUACCCAUCAGUGGGGAAGCCCAGCUCCUCCUGACCCAACCUGGUGUGUGGUCCCUUCUGCUUGGAGUGUGGAUGCCUGGCUUUCUGGAGUCCCUGGCCCUGGCACCUGAGUGGAUUCAAGCUGA